CGGACUUCGACCGCGAGCUGUGGCCGAGCUGGAGGGGCAGCAGCGGCGGCCACAGGCAGAAGCUGAUCUUCGAGGGCUUAGGGUGCCUGAUCAUGACGCUGCUGAAGAUCUGUCUAGAACGCAAGUCGUUGCCCCUCCACGCUGGGGCAGGGCUAGGUCGCCUCGCGUUCUGCUGCGAGAGAGUCGGCCUGUAUCAUCUCAAUGCAGAGAGCCAGGGGUGCAUGGAGUACCUUGUCCAGAUGAAGAUGCAGGCGCAGAAGGACGCGAUGGCGACACUGGGGGCCCACGUGUUCCUUGAUGCCAACGCGCUGAGGCAGAUCAAGGGAAUCACAAAGAUUCAAAGAUUCUCAGCGCUGCAUUUCGUGGCAAUCUUUGUGACAGCCGAGGGCUUGAUCACAAAGAUUGCGUGGAAAGGAGACGACGUGGUGAAAUUCUGGAAAGCAAAUCGGCCCAUGGCGCUGGCGCUCCCAGGACUGGAUAUUAAGCAAGAGAUUCGGUCCAUCGGAGGCCCGUUCAAAGUGCACGGGCACCUCAUGAACUUGCAGCUUGUUCACGUUCUGCGCGCCUUGGGCAAGAAGAAGAAGCCGUGGGAUUCCGGCGCAACCGCCCUGACUCUUGGCAUGGCCGGAGAACGGUACGAGAUGUUGAAGUACGACGAGUCCAGCGUGCGUUCCUGUUGCGACUCGUUCUCAGGCAUGAGGGACACGCUGGUGCAUUGCUACCAGCACCCUCCGUCAACGUUCCCUCAGUACAAAGAGCUAGAAGAGAAAAUAGUGACAUGCUUCAACGAGAACCGAACUCCCAAGUUGCAGACCCAUCGGACAUCUAAGGGCGAUGACCCUUAUAAUGGGUAUUGGAACGCCCGCGUGCACUUGCGGGCGCUCAAGCCAGAGUCGCUGCGGCGAAACGCGUCGGUGACGUUCAGCAUGCUCCCGCCCCCAGAUAUGGGCAAGCUCCUCGAUCAGCUGCAUGCCAGCGUCGGCACGGACAAUGUUCGGGGGGCGUGUGAAAAACUGUCGUAUUCUGGUAAGUGGGAAGAAAUUCUAAUGAGACUGUGUCUCGGCACGGGCAAGCAAUGCCAGGCCGUGGACGAGGGCCCCGCCGACGACGAGCCUGACGGGACACCGAUGGCGCCCCGUGCUGCUCGCGGCGGACACGCCGCGAAGGUCGCAGUGGCGUGGUCGAACUAUUACGAGACCUGCUACAUGAGGCGGUGCCGUAGCUGCGGCGAGGACGGACUCGCGUACAAGAGCCUCGAACUUGCGGGCGCUGCAGACGGUCGGGUCUGCGCGUGCUGCAAGGAGCACGGCCGCCCAGACAAGGAGCAUGGCAUCGUGCAUCCCAGCGGCCCAGCGAGGACAUCCCAGACACCUGAUCAGCUGGUGUCCAGGAUUCCUGCGGGCAGCGGCCGCCUGCUUAAGUGCGGGCGGUGCGGCUACGCCGCGCUGCG